UCGCCGCGCGCUGAUGACGCCAAGGCGCUGCGCCACCAACGGCCGGGCCUCGCGACUCAACGGCCGCGCCUCGAGGCCAACGGCCGCGCCUCGCGACUCAACGGCCGCUCCGCCAUGAGGGAGCCGCCGCUGUCCAACUGCGAGCGGCGCUUCUUGCUGCGCGCCGUGCGGGAGGGCAAGCGGCUGGACGGGCGGCAGUGCUACGACUAUCGGAACGUGCGCAUCUCCUUCGGGCCCGACCGCGGCUGCUGCGUGGUGGAGCUGGGCAGGACCAGGGUUCUUGGCCAAGUAUCAUGUGAACUUGUGCCCCCAAAGCCAAAUCGGGCUACAGAAGGGAUACUGUUCUUUAACCUUGAGCUGUCACCCAUGGCUGCGCCUGGUUUUGAGCCUGGCAGGCAGUCUGAGUUACUGGUGAAACUGAACAGAUUAAUAGAGCGAUGCCUGAGAAAUUCCAAAUGUAUAGAUACUGAAUCUCUCUGCGUUGUUGCUGGUGAAAAGGUUUGGCAAAUCCGUGUGGACCUGCACCUGUUAAAUCACGACGGUAACAUUAUUGAUGCUGCUAGCAUAGCAGCAAUAGUAGCCCUGUGUCAUUUUCGCAGACCAGAUGUCUCUGUGCAAGGAGAGGAAGUGACAGUGUAUUCUCCUGAGGAGCGUGAUCCUGUCCCCUUGAGUAUCCACCACAUGCCUAUUUGCGUCAGUUUUGCCUUCUUCCAGCAGGGGACAUAUUUGUUGGUGGAUCCAAGCGAACGAGAAGAACGUGUAAUGGACGGCCUCCUUGUAAUUGCCAUGAAUAAACAUCGUGAAAUUUGUACCAUCCAGUCCAGUGGAGGGAUUAUGCUACUAAAGGAUCAGGUUCUGAGAUGCAGUAAAAUAACAGCUGUUAAGGUUGCUGAAAUAACAGAACUAAUUCAGAAAGCCUUGGAGAACGACCAGAAAGUUAGGAAAGAAGGCGGGAAGUUCGGCUUUGCAGAAUCUAUACCAAAUCAAAAGAUCACUGCCUUCAAAAUGGAAAGUGCUGCUGUAGACACCAACAACGUGGAAGAACAAGCAGAAGAAAUCAUAACUAAAGCUGACCCUCCUUCAGAAGUUUUUGCCACACCAAUAUUGCACACUCCUGGGACAGCCCAAAUUGGGGAAGGAAUAGAGAACUCCUGGGGAGACCUUGAAGAAUCGGAGAGGGAAGAGGCAGUGGAAGAGGAGAGUGAAAUUGAUGCUGCCGCUUUUGAAUGCCAGAGAAUGGAAACAGAGGACACAAGUACAAUGAGCAAAGCUAAGGAUGAACCUAUUGUGCUGUCUGACAGUGAAGAGGAAGAAGUUGUCAUCCUGGAACCGCAGGAAGUACCAAACAAAACAAGAACACAGACCACCUUGAAACAAGAAAAUACAAGUAAGAAAGCAUUUAACAAAAGGAGGAGAAAGAAGAGAGCUGCUCGUUAGUCAUCUCUCCUUCAGUAAUGUAUAAUAAAUAAUCUGGUUUGUUA